AGACAGAAACAGAGUGGAAGCAAGAAGGCAAAGCAAGAAAGAGUGAAAACCUCCAUUGUUGAGCUCUCUCGCUCUCUCUACAUGAACAAGAUCCUCGCUUUUGGCUUCCCUUUUCCGGAGAAUUGAUUCGACCCAAAGAAAAUGACCCUUUGCAUUGCACUGCCCAACCCCACCUCCCGCAAAUCACAUCUCCCACCUCUCCUCCGAUGGAGAAGGAACCCCGGCUCCCUGCUUCUCAGGCGGUCCCUGCUUAUGGACACGGCGGAGGGCCGGGUCGUUCCGGCGGAGGAGGACGAGGCUCCGAGCCCGUCGGCGUCGGCCGCUCCUCGCCGCCUCGUUCUUCUUCGCCACGCCAAGAGCUCCUGGUCUGACCGUUCCCUUAGAGAUCAUGAUCGCCCUCUCAGUAAGAGCGGUCGAGAUGAUGCUGUCAAAAUAGCACACAAGCUUCACCAAUUGGGUUGGAUCCCUCAGCUUAUUUUGUUAAGUGAUGCAGUUCGAACGCGUGAGACACUGCGGAUAAUGCAGGAACGAGUGCAAAGCUUUUUGGAAGCUGAGGUCCAUUUCAUUUCGAGUUUUUAUUCGAUCGCAGCAAUGGAUGGUCAGACAGCAGAGCACCUGCAAAAGGCUAUCUGUAAAUAUUCUAGGGACGAGAUACUGACCGUAAUGUGUAUGGGGCAUAAUAGGGGAUGGGAGGAGGCGGCUUCCAUGUUUACGGGUGCAUCCAUUGAACUUAAAACAUGCAAUGCUGCUUUGCUCGAAGCUACUGGAAGAUCUUGGGAAGAGGCUUUUGCUUUGGCUGGACUUGGUGGGUGGAAGCUUCAGGGCAUAGUCAAACCUACUACAUAGUUGAACCAUUCUUCGUCACUGGCAUACUGCCUACUCCGGGGGUAGAACUUGAAGAUGCUGAUGAAGCAAUAUCUUGUCCUGACGUGAUCAGAAACUCCUCACGUUCUCAGGGGCUCGUCAGCUUUCCAUACAGCUAGACAAAUGGGUAGCUGGUUGCCAAUUGGUUGCUCCGAACACUAGGACCAUAUACUGAUAUGACUGAGAGAUUGUCGCUCCAGUCUGUAUAUGACAUCUCGAUGCCUGAUAUGUGAAGUUUCUAGGCAUCUUUUCUCACACGGAGGCCUGAGUAGCUCACCAGAGAACAUUACAUCAUCUUAAUAAGAAAUUUAUCAUCUUCUCUGCCAUCAAGAAGAGCAAUUGCUAGCAAUUUGGCUCCGCAAUAUGUCAUGAUAUUGCUACAAGGGGUUAUGUAAUUUUUUUGUUGAAUUUGAGAAGCAGAUUUAGUUGAGUUUACCUGACUUUAUGUUGUAUCAAAUUGGAGAGUGUAUACAGCUGAGCAGCUUUGUGCUUGUCCAUGUUCCAGGUUGAAAGAGGCCCUUAUUCCCUUAA